GCCACUCAGUACAUUCUCAACCGGCGACGGAGACACGCGCUACCACACAUAAAAUUUAUUACGUUAACAUUAAAAUAAAUCAAUUAUAUUUAAACUUAAUGUGUAUUGUGUAUUGAUAGUCCCGUUUUCAUUCUCGUAAAUAUUAGCACGUGUUAUAUUUUGAAAUUUUGUAAAGACGGUAGUGUUAGCGACGCGUUCGCGUUUAUGCUAAAAAGCCGGCAUUUCGGAAUCGGUGAUUACUCGGUGGUACUUGUGAAGUUCAGGAUUUUUAGAUUUUGCACGGACGAGUCUCUUCGAUAGUGUCGGUGCAUUAGGUGGACACAAUGGUGCAGAGAGUGGCGACCGACGAGCGUCCGUUUGAGACACCUUCAUCAGAUGAGAGCGGCUUGGGACGGGAUACACCCACAGAUGAUCCCGAACCAGAGGCAGCAUUGGUUGUACCUCCAGAUGGUGGUUGGGGCUGGAUGGUGGUAGCGGCUUCAUUUAUGUGCAAUUUUAUUGUCGAUGGAAUACUUUUCUGUGGAGGAAGUCUUAUUAAACCUAUUCAGACGGAAUUUAAUGUAAGCGAUGGUCAGGUGGCUCCAGUGAACUCCUUGCUACAGGGUUUUUAUUUAUUGGCGGGACCGUUUGUUUCUGCAUUGGCUAAUAAAUAUGGUUUCCGCGUGGUGACCAUUAUAGGUAGCUUGAUAUCGAGUGCCGCCUUCGCCCUGUCGUAUUUCGCAUCGAGUGUUGAAUAUUUGUACCUGGUCUAUGGAAUAAUGGGAGGUAUUGGUUUCUGUAUGAUCUAUAUGCCAGCUGUGUUGACGGUUGGUUUUUACUUCGAGAGAUGGCGUGCGCUAGCUACAGGCUUAGCUCUGUGUGGGUCCGGUGUGGGGACCCUUGUAUUUGCGCCUCUCACUGCUAUGGUACUCGAAAACUAUGGUUGGAGAGGCACUAUUCUAGUUAAUGGAGGUUGCGUGCUGCUAUGCCUGGUUUGUGGGGCCAUGUUCAGACCCAUAAGGCCGGUCAGAGUGACCUUGGCCGAUAACCCCGAGGAGGACAACACUUCUCGUCGCCACGAGGAAGCUGUUGAAAAAUUAAACUCUAUGCUCAAAUUGCACAACAAACUAGAUUCUGGUAUAGGAAUGCCCGAAAUGCAAUUCGCCAGCAAAGUGAGCCCCCACACAUGGAUGGGCGUAGCCAAUAACACUCGCUAUCCAACCGCCGAAGAAGUUUUUCGAGGAAGCAAUUCACAUCUAACCAGACGGUCAUCCGCAACCGCGGGAACAAUAAAGACUCAUUUAUGUAAUAAGCCCCUUUUCAUUGCCGUACCGGUGGCUGAGAAAGACGAACAGGAAGACUCCAAUAGCAACAUUGAUAAUGCUGAGCCAUUGAUCGCUAACUCUGUUAAAGUCGUUACACGGGAUUCACGACCGCGCCGUUCUCACGUCGAUUUAGUGGCUCGGCCUUUUUAUCGUGAUGACAUAUUCUUUGGGGGCAGUUUGGCGAGGUUGCCUCAGUACACGUCACGAACGUCGCUGGGCUAUCACUUGGCUGUAACUCAUGUACCCACUCAAGUAGAUACCCAAGAAGAACAAUCUGGAAAAUGCAAACUUUGCCCCGAAGCCGUCCGAAGGGCGUUGGCUACUAUGCUGGAUGUCAGUUUGUUCAGAUCGCUAACAUUUAACAUCUUAGCGAUUAGUGGAUUCUUUACGAUGUUGGGCUUCUUCGUCCCCUAUAUGUACGUAGCUCAGAGGGCAAAAGAUAAUGGCAUAAAUAAGGAUACUAGUAUUUUGCUUGUGUCGGCUAUUGGAAUUGCCAAUAUAGUUGGACGUGUCGCUUGUGGUUUGAUGUCUUCGAUGCCGAAAGUUUCACCUUUAUGGCUGAACAACAUUGCUCUCUCUGCGGGAGGGAUCGCGACGAUGAUCAGCGGCCUGUACUAUCACGACGCCUACCAAUUUGCAUACUGUGCCAUCUUUGGACUCGCUGUUGCUUGUUUCGCGUCUCUUCGGUCGAUCCUGGUAGUAGAAUACAUUGGACUGGAACAACUUACGAAUUGUUUCGGAUUAUUCUUGCUGUUCCAAGGGUUGGGAGCUGUGCUGGGUGCCCCCAUUGCUGGUGCUCUCAUGGACAUGACUCACAGCUACGAUAUCUCGUUCUACGUGUCCGGUGGCUUUCUGCUCUUCUCGGCUGUCAUUUGCUACCCGAUUGACUACAUUAGCAAAUGGGAAAAAUCGAGAAAUAAACUGGCGUCCAGUCCAAAAGUCUGAAUCAAUCGAAAUUGCCUAAACUCUGAUUGUAUAAUUUCAGAGAAUAAUGAGUGCUUGAAGUAAUGUCCGUUUUAGGACGUUUUGAAGAAUAAGUACGUGUUAGCAUUUUCAUCAUCCGCGCACUGCCUAAAUCUUUCCGCGAUUCUAUUGAAUCUAGAUUUUAGAUUUAAGUGUCCACUUGGCAUUUGCCGAUUGUCAAUUUGCCAAAUCGAAUCCUUCCAUAUCGAAUUACCUGUGUGAAGUCUACAACUUAUAACUUGUGUAAUCCAUUCGUUGUUAAAACAUUGAAAUUGUACUUACCAAUUAAGCGUGCUGGUCACGUCGGUAACAUAUCGAGGGUAUAUAUAUUAUAUUAAAAUAGAUAAGAUAGAGUUGAUACUCAGCUGCCAAAUUAUUUGUAAGCAUUUAUUCAGAUCACCAUUUGUACUUAAUUUUAACAUCACAUUGAAGAUGCCAAAGCGCAUAAACUUAAUCAAAAUUUACCAUCCGCUGGGUAAAUUGGUAUAUAAUUAGAAUCCAUUGUAUGUGGAUUAAAUGUGAUAAUAUAUCCUAUUCAUAAGACAGAAAUACACGAGCAACAUAAAGAUUUAAACUAAAUAAAAUCAUAAAUGAUUUACCUACCUAGUAUCAUCGAUUUAUUUUGAAUCAUUAAAUUUGGGUUAGAUAAAAAGAAAGCUGAGCAGUCGAUAUGGUAGGAAAUUAUAUUUGUGAUAAUUCUGUUAUGGUUUGAAAAUGCAUUUACAUUAGGUAUUUAGUUUUAGUUGAAAAAGUACAAAGACUCGAAAUAUAAAAUUAUUAACAUUUGAUUAAUACGGUACCUACAUUUGAUUACUAUGUUUUGUAGCUUUAUAAUGAAGUUCUUUUAUGCGAAUUGCAUAACAUCAGGGUGAAUAAAAAUUGAGUGAAGUAUGUGUGAAUAUAGCUAAUAAAGCCGAAUUGUAUGUAUAACUCCUUAGGUUUAAAUAAAUUAAAAACAUUUUGUUACUUUACGAUUCACAUUUCUACUAAUACAUAAU